AUGAGCCAGCUGUACUUUGACGCCCUGAUCGUGGGCGCCGGGUUUGGGGGUAUCUACCAACUCCACAAGCUCCUUUCUCUCGGCCUUUCCGUCAAGGUCAUCGACUUUGCCGGCGAUGUGGGCGGCACCUGGUACUGGAACCGCUACCCAGGAGCCAUGAGCGACACGGAAAGUUUUGUGUACCGAUACUCGUGGGACAAGGAUGAUCUUCAGACCUACCCAUGGAGCCACCACUACGUUAAGCAACCCGAAGUUCUCGCUUACUUGGAACACGUCGUGGACAAGUACGACCUAAGGAAGCAUAUGCAGUUCAAUACGGAGAUGGUAGCUGCGGACUGGGACGACGAGGCCGGUGUAUGGCGGGUCGAGGUCAGUACGGGCGAGGUCUUCGCCGUGAGAUACCUUGUCACUGCCCUGGGCCUUCUUUCGAAAGCGAACUAUCCCGAUAUUCCCGGCAUUCAGGAUUUCCAAGGCGAGAUGUGCCACACUGCGAAAUGGAGGCCAGAGCUGGACCUCACGAACAAGCGCGUUGCCGUGAUCGGGUGCGGGUCGACGGGCGUGCAAGUCAUCACGGAUAUUGCGAAGAAGGUCAAGACACUGACCUGUUUCCAACGGCACCCGCAGUAUUCCGUGCCCAGUGGCGACGCACCCGUGAGUGAAGAGUACCGAGAACACAUCAACGCACGCUACCCGGAGAUUAUGAAGCAGGUCCGCAACUCGAUAUGCGGCUUUGGCUUCGUCGAGUCAGACACCCCGUACCACGCCGUGCCCGUAGAAGAGCGCGAACAGGUCUUCGAGGCCCUGUGGCAAAAGGGCAACGGCUUUCGUUUCAUGUUUGGCGGAUUCAGCGACGUCUCGACCGAUCGCGAGGCCAACGAAGCUGCCUGCGCGUUCAUCCGCAACAAGAUUGCCCAGAUCGUGCGAGAUCCGCAAAAGGCCAACAAGUUGAUGCCCCAUGAUUACUAUGCCAGGAGACCGUUGUGCGACGGUGGGUACUACGAGCAGUUCAACCGGGAUAAUGUCGAGAUCGUCGACGUCAACGAGACACCCAUUACAAACAUCACCGCGGACGGCAUCCAAGUCAGUGAUGGGACGGUCCAUAAGCUGGACGUCAUCAUCUUCGCCACGGGCUUUGACGCCAUCGACGGAAACUACAAUCGAGUGCGCAUACGAGGCCGCGACGGCAAGACGUUGAAGCAGCAUUGGGACCCUCGCGGCCCGACCAGCUACCUGGGUGCCUUUGUACCGGGGUUCCCCAACCUGUGCAUGAUCACGGGACCCCAGGGCCCGUUCAGCAAUAUUCCUCCGGCCAUUGAGAUCCACGUCGAGCUCAUCUCGCAAAUGAUCGAGCGCGCCGAACAAAGUCGACGACGACAACAACAACAGAGCAGUGGUGGUGGCCGCGGCGGCCAGGAGGGCAGCAAGAGCGUCAUCGAAGCUCUCCCCGAGGCCGAGGAAGAGUGGCUCCAGCAAUGCGAACGGGCGGCUGAAGGGAGCCUGUUCAAGGAGACCGCCUCGUGGAUCUUUGGAAACAACGUCAAGGGCAAAAAGGUCGCGCUGCGGUUCUUCUUCGGGGGACUGGCCAAAUACCGCCAGGCCGUGCAAGCCAUGGUCGAGGAUGGGUAUCGUGGGUUCAAGCCUCUUGGGGAGGAAAAGAAGGAGGAGAACAGCAGAGGCCAUGUCGCUCCCACGGACCCGGUCGGGCGCAAGCCUGUGCCGAUGACUACAAUCACCAGUGUCUCUGCGGACUUGGUUGAGGCUCAAAAUUAG